AUGCCCACUUCACACGUACAGAAAGAUGUCUCCUCUCGGCUCCUGCGCCUUCCAGCAGAGGUACGCCUGCAGAUCUACGGCCACCUUUUCACUUCAACUCGCCUUGCCCACGGCCAGCGAAUGACCAGUCGCAUCAACUCCAAGCGGAUGAAGCCAGCACCCAAUUCUCUGGCGAUUCUGCGCUCUUGCCGUCUUAUCAGUCGAGAGAUUGGAGACUCCUGGCUCGGCCAGGUCAUGUUUGCCUUCGAAGAAGUCAGGGACCUGCUCGACAAGCUCUCUUCAGUGCCUCGAACUGUGGUUGAAAAGAUCCGUCGGGUUCGUGUUGGCUCUCAUCCACUCAUGUUGUCGCCACCUGAUUAUGAGGAUGAUGUGUACUACAGACUCGCCUGGGCCCUCAAACUACUUCCCGGUUUAAACCUUGACACACUUACAGUGAUCAAUUCUGACUGUCCUGAGGUUUCUUAUGAUACCCUGAGCGGCCUAGUCAAACACGGCGAUGGAUGGAGGGAACUGCACUACAUCACGGGAAAUUCCACAAUGCUUGGCUUCCCAAGGAUGGAUAUAUUUCUUGCGGACCCCUACUGGCGCAAGCCCCAGCCUAGCACCUGGAGCCGCGAUCUAGCUCAGCGAGAUGGUGUAGACGCUGGCGGUUGUGUCAAGAUUUACCGAUCCACUCAAUCCAACAUCCCAUGCUCGGUCAUCAACCCUAAGACACGCGAAAUUUUCGAGCAGAAGCCGCCAUCCCGUGAAAAUCUCGAGACCUUUGGAGUCGACAAGGACGCGCAGCUUAUGCGCCCGGAUGAAGUCGGAAAAGGACUACUGGUGACUGUACGACGCGGGAAAAACGUUAAUACCGUGGAGGAUGUUUCGGUGCCUCUCCAUGAAGACGACAUCCGGCAGUGGUCGGGCGACAUGAGUUGGGAAGAGAUCAAGGAAGCAUGUCGCUGGGAUUCAGACAGUGACGACGAUUUUGGCUUCCCGGAAGAAAAAGAGAAGGUUGAGAGCGAUAGCUAUAAUGAUGCUGACGAGUACACAAUCAUCACUCUCAAGUAG